AUGAAAAUCAACCAGCCUUUUUAGGUUUUUGUUCGUAUACGAUCCCAUUCAGAUUCUACAAAUCCAAUCGAAGUUGUCAAUGAAAACAUCCUAAGAAUAUCCAAUAGAGAAAUGAGCUUUUAGAAAAUCUUUACUGAAAACGAUUCCAAUUUAUCCGUUUAUGAAGGAACUUUAUCGAAAUUCAUAAGCAAAAUAUUUGAAGGGUUCAAUAUGACAGUGUUGUGUUAUGGAAUGACAGGAUCUGGCAAAACUCAUACAAUGUUUGGGAACUCACAGGAUCAUUAUGGCAUCGUGUAUUAAGCAGUUAAGGAACUAUUUCAACUGAAGAAAAAUGGAUUUAUAAAAAUUAGUUUUUAUGAAAUAUAUAAUGAAUAGAUUAUUGAUUUGUUAGAUUAAAGUUCAUAGAAUUUAUAGGUAUAAGAAGAUAAGAAUGGGGACACUUAGAUUCCAGGCUUAUCCCAAUAAUGCAUAGUUGAUGAAGACCAUCUAGUGUAAUUGAUUUAAUAAGCACAAAAACGAAGAUAAUUGGCUUCAACUGCUAGUAAUUAAUAUUCUUCUAGAUCACAUGCUAUUGUAUAGAUACAAGUAGUCAAUUACGAUGAGAAAAAGAAUAUCAAAUAUGAUGGCAAAUUAAUUCUGGCUGAUUUGGCAGGAAGUGAAAGAUGUUAUAAUUAUAAAAAUGGAGGAACAUAGAAGAUAUAAUAGGAAGGAUAAAACAUUAAUAAAUCUCUCUUGGCAUUGGGCCAAUGUAUUAUGAUGUUAAAUCAAAGCAAAUCACACAUUCCGUAUAGAAACUCUAAAUUAACGAGAAUUCUGAAAUAAUCUCUAAGUGGUAAUUCUAUGACUCUUUUUAUUGCAUGCAUAAGCAAAUAAUAUAGUGAGGAAACUGAAAACACAUUGAAAUAUGCCCAAUAAGCCUGUGCUAUCAAAACUUCAUUAACUUAAGCAAUGACUUCAAUUAAGAUGGAACAGCCGAAAAGAUCGAUAUCAAUUGAAAUAUAGAACUUGGAGUAAUAAUUGAAUAGUUAUUUUGUCAUUAACAAUGGGUUACAUAAAAACUUAAAUACCUUAUAUUAGAAUGUGUAGAAGGAAUAGGAAACUAAGGUUAUUGUUUAAAAUGUAGAAUAAUAAAUAGCAUCAAAUAUGAGGAAGUAGAAAUUAAUAAUCAAUCAAAUCAAAGGACUUAUUGUUGAAAAAGAAAACUAAGACAAAUCAUUUACAUAUCGAGGAUCGGAGGUUAGAUUUUGUGAUCUGAGCAAUAAGAGUUCAAUAAUUUCGUAAAUCCAACCUCAUACUGCUGAUUAGAGUUGCCAAACUGAAAGAGUUUAUGAUCCAAUUUAUUUUGAUGUAAAACUUGGACGCAACAAUUCCUAAUAAACACCCAAUACUAUUGAGAUUCACAAGAUUCCAGAAUCCAAACGAUUUUCAAAUCCAUUUCUUAGUACCAUGGUGCAGGAAGAAAAAACUUAAAAGGAUGUAUUAUAAGAUAGAACCAACAGAUUCAAGAUCAAAAUAAAAUGA